CACCCAAAAUCCUCCUCGCGUCACGCGUGAACCCAGCCGGAUCCCCAAACCUCCUUCCGGUCCGACGCCUCGUGCCGCCAGCGCCGACGGGGGACCCCUCCGCCUCUCACGCGUGCCGCCGCCCCCGCCGUCGCCGUCCCGUCUACCUCGCCGGGGCAUUGCGUUCCACCCCGCCGGCGACUAGCAGGAACACGGCACCCUGAAGCUCCUGAGCUAGAGUAGGAGGGGCAAAACCAUCCAGCUGAAGAAUGAAAACACAUGAGCGUGCUGCCAACUUGGCUCUUGCUGGUUUGAGCUUGGCACCGCUCGUGAUCAAUGUGAACCCAAAUUUGAAUGUGAUACUGACAGCAUGUCUUACUGUCUAUGUGGGCUGUUACCGUUCUGUCAAGUCAACUCCACCCGCUGAGACAAUGUCCAAAGAGCAUGCUAUGCGGUUCCCUUUGGUGGGGAGUGCUAUGCUUCUGUCGCUAUUCCUUCUAUUCAAGUUUCUCUCCAAGGACCUGGUCAAUACUGUUCUCACUGCCUACUUUUUCAUUCUUGGCAUUGCUGCGCUCUGUGCAACGUUGCUCCCUACCGUCAAACGUUUUCUUCCAGAAGGAUGGAAUGAUAAUGCCAUCGUCUGGCGUGCUCCAUAUUUCCACUCACUGUCGGUGGAGUUUACCAAGUCUCAAGUUGUCGCUUCAGUCCCUGGUUUUUUCUUUUGCGUAUGGUAUGCCAUGAAGAAGCAUUGGCUAGCAAACAAUGUUUUGGGACUUGCUUUCUGCAUUCAGGGAAUUGAGAUGUUAUCACUAGGAUCAUUCAAAACCGGUGGUAUUCUCUUGGCUGGACUUUUUGUGUAUGACAUUUUCUGGGUUUUCUUCACUCCAGUUAUGGUCAGUGUUGCUAAAUCAUUUGAUGCUCCAAUAAAGCUUCUAUUUCCCACCGCGGAUGCCGCACGCCCGUUCUCUAUGCUUGGUCUUGGUGAUAUUGUUAUACCUGGUAUAUUUGUUGCACUUGCACUCCGUUUCGAUGUCUCGAGAAACAUUAAGAACCGUUACUUCAAUAGUGCAUUUUUGGGAUACACUGCGGGCAUGACAGUAACAAUCGUUGUGAUGAACUGGUUUCAAGCUGCACAGCCUGCUCUGCUAUACAUCGUUCCUGGCGUGACUGGUUUUGUGGCUGUUCACUCUUUGUGGAAUGGUGAAGUAAAGCCGCUACUGGAGUUCACCGAGACGCAGCCCGAGGAGGGAGCCGCCGAGGAAGAAGAAGAUUCCAGUCAGAGCAAAAAGGUGGACUAGCGCUCGCUCGGGUCGGGUCGGGUCUUUUUAAUUAAUUAGGAGAGGAGAACCAAACCAAAGCAGGAUUUCAAAUAGGCUGUAUGAUCUUGAGAAUCGAAAAACGAUUCACAUGAUAGAACUCUUUUUGUUUUGAAAGGUCAUUAACUAUCUGUUUUGGUGAGUGGUAGAUGAUGGACGAAAAGGGAACAUAUAUGCUAAAAGACUUGCAACAUAAUCCAAUCGGUGACAUGACUAUAUAUACCUGCUGCUGCCCAACUUUUGCCCCUUGGUUCAGUAAGUACCAGAAGUUGACUCA